GCUGGCUUGUUUCCUCGGGAGAUGGAAACCUGAGAGAGCAGGGGGCGAGGGAGAGAGCGUCAGUGAACGCAGUUAAAGUGAGUCGGGCAAAAAAGAGCAACUUUACUCUGGCAAGAUGUUCCCCCAAAGUAACAAUGGAAGAUGAUGCAAGAGGUUUAAUCUGUGCAAGGUGCAACACAGUAACAUGAUCCUUGCGGUGUCAGUUCAAGAAUCCGGCCAAGUGCUGGUGAAUUUUCACAUUUGGAGAACGGCUUAACCACGAGAGGACGAUGGAGAAAGGACCAAUGGGUGGAUUCAAUGUGUUGAUCUGGAGUUCCUUCAGCAGUUGGGGAUGCCUUGGACAUCCGAACCAAAGCUUGCUCUCUGGAGAAUAACCUCAGAUUGCCCCACCACUGAUACUUCAUCCAGCCACGGGCACCAUGGGAAGCGUGAGCAGUCUCAUACCAGGCGGCAGUUUCCACGACAAACACUGCAGAGUGUUUGAGUCCAGGAACAGGAAACCUUCUCACCUCCAGAAGUUUAUUCGGCAGCAGGAUGGGCUGCUGAAAUUUGGUGCCGGCCACGAGCCAAUCGGCAAUGGUUCCCGGUGUGAGAAAACCGAGGACUUUUUCUACAUCAGCAUCAGCCAAACAAACGGACUGACGGCCACGGGCAAGCGUAAGAACCGUGCUCCUGGCCUGGCAUCUCCAAAAGACACACCGGUUAUCACGGAUGUCAAAGGACCACCACCUAUCCUGGUACCCUUCUCUGGGCAGCUCGAGAAGGGCAGUGAAAAGAGUGUUGUCAGGCCAACAGCAUUCAAGGCAGUGGUACCUAGGAAUGGCACCAAUCUAGAUGGUCCCUUGGGUCCGCAGAUGAGUAUGAAGCUUGCGUUUCAGGGAGGCGGCUUGAAGCCAGGAAACCAUUCAGAAAAUCAGCAGGGACAAGACGAACAGCACACAAGCCGUUCAGGAACAUUGUCCGACUCAGGUAGAAAUUCCAUGUCCAGCCUCCCUACACAUAGCACCGUAUGCAGCCAAGGGACAGAGCACACUGGGGCUCCCACCACUCUUCGCAAAAAGUUCGGAGGCUCGGCUCAAUACAUUGGUUCCCUUGCGGGAAUCUUAAGAAAUGUAAGCAGCACAUCUACCUCUGACGGAGGGCACUGCCCUGUCAGCAAAGACUCCAGCUCCUGCAUCCACCCACCCCCUUCCACCGGCAGAUCUGCGGCUUUGGAUUGUGAGGAGAAAUCCACAGGGAAAGGAGGAGAACCACAGGGACUCCAGCGAGCCCCGUGCAAGGGGAAGACAGGCAGCACCCCCAACUACAACGAGAAUCUGAAACACUGCGUGCAGGGGACAGGCGGCCCAGAGCAGAGGCACGACACCAAUAUGAAGCAAGCCUCUCAGAAGGCGCAUGGAGACUACCAGUUCCUGCAGCUGCAGUUCAGCCAACUCCAACAAGAGAAGCAGCAGCUUAAGGACAACUUUGCUCAACUUCUCCAGGAGUGCAACAACCUCAAAGCCAAAUGCAAAACCUAUGAAAGAGAACAAAAUGAACUCAGUCCAAAGCUUGAAGAAAUUAAAUGGGAGGUCUGCCAGAAGUCUGGAGUGAUCUCCCUUCUAAAACAGCAGCUGAAGGACUCGCAGACAGAGCUGGUGCACAAGACUAAUGAGGUCUUGACCUUCAGGAACCAGCUGAGGGAAGCCAAAGGAAAGCUGUCUUCUCGAGAGCAGCAGGUUGAUGAGUUGCAGAAUUCAGUCCAGACCAAGGCGAGAGAACUGGAGGUUUGCGAGAACGAGCUGCAGCGCAUGAAAAAUGCAGCCGACCUGCUGAGGGAAAAGGUCGGCCUGCUGGAACGCAGGAUCCUCAAUCCAGAACAGAACCCGGCGAGCUGGAAAGGACAAAACUGUAGAGCUGAAAGUGAUGCUUCUCCCAGCUGCUCCCAGCUUGAACCGGCAUUAUCCCUGCAGCAGACCGAGCAAGAGUCUUCAUCCCUGCAGGGACAAGUGAACAAGUUAAAAGCCCAGCUGGAGCACGAGAAGCAAAAGAAUCAGGCGCUUGUGCUCGACUUUCAAAAGGAGCGGCUGCUGUGGUGUGCGGAGAAGGAGAGAGUGAUUCAGUACCAGAAGCAGCUUCAGCAGAACUACCUUCACAUGCACCAUCAGAACCACAGCCUCGAGAGGACCAUCCAGCAGCUCUCAGUCCAGCUACAGGCUAGGGCUUCUGUGGAGAGAGUGGGACAAGGUGCUGAUGCUUUUGAAGAGAUCGUUGCCACUGCGAUAUGACAAAAGGAAAAUGCGUUUCAGUGAGCAAGGCAUUUAUUGACAACACUGCAUCAGCCAACGAGUUCAAAGGUGGGGGUAUGGUGAGAGGGCUUGUGAAAACAAAGGCAGUUUACUUAGAAAACAAGGUCUGUUUAAAGAGUGAAGGAGACAGAUUCCAUCAGUAUCUUCAAUUAAAACAGGAAAAUUUCUGCAGAAAAACAAAGGGAUAGUUACUUGCAAAUUACCAUUAUUAAUCUGAAUCAUUUAGAGUAAGAUUGUCACCGAAGCUGGUUGACAGGGAAAUUGCCCAAUCAUCUCCACUCUGGCUGGUUAUGGUGCUGUCAUUAUAUACAGCCUUCAGUGAAGCCCAGUGUCGAUAAUGGGUUGUGUGCAGUGAGUGGAUAUUUUGUGAAGUGUAUCCUUGGCAUGCUGAUAGCAUUUUCGAGUUACAAACAAAUCAAAGUGCACAACAUUUUGCUUUUUGUGGAUUUAAGUUUCAAGUUGAUUGUACGCUUUUAAUUGCAUCGCACCACUGUUUCUGUAUGUUCACUGGUACUGCUGUUAAGGUAAAAGCAGCGCAAGUUGAGAAUCAAAACCUUAAUGUUUACACUCUUAUCUAAUGGCUGUUUCAAGCAGAACUAAGCCAGUUACACUAAAAGUCCACCUGAUAAAGGUGGGGUUCAGGGAAAAACAGUUUGUAAGCACAUGGCAUUAUACGCCAUGCCAAAGAGCAUUGCUUGCACUAGCAUGACUGUAGCACCAGUUUUAAUAGUACUUCCAAUGGUUCUGUCCAGACAUGAGCCCACAGCACAUUAAAUUUAGGUCUUCUGGGUCCUGGAAGACUGCAGCAAAAAUUGUUACAGAGAGAAAAGAUUACUGAAAAGCAAAGCCAUUGAAAAGAAAACAUCUGGAACAGCUGGCUCCUUGAUAGCUGGUGCUGGGUGGGAGGAGUGGGGGAUAAUUUCUGUUUUUAUUUUAAGCAUGUAAUUGGCCCCAAUCCUUGUGUUGAUCUGGCUGGCCGUCUCACCCUGACUGGUAUCAACAACCUUCAGUUCAAGCAUAAAGUACUCAAAUGCCUGCAGUGAUAAAAGAACAGCUGGCCUUCUGUGGAGAUGGUCACUGCUUGUACGUGUCUUACACCUUGCCAAAAGAAAAUCAUCUCUUCUUUCCAGGCUAAUUUAUCCCAAUAAAUAGAUUUUAUUUCAUGCCCUUAUUUCCAAGUUUAAACCCGAACUGCAAAGGGGGAAAUAAUCCAGUUUACACUAGCUGCAUCCAGGAGCCAGAAAAAUCAUGAAGAAAUCCUUCAGUCAAAAGAAUACGUUGCUUUUUAAUUUGAUCACCACUACCCUGUCCUGUGUCUAUCCUUCUUACUCUGUAUCCCUUAACGAGUAUUUUUAACAAAAAUCUAUCAAUUUCAAAUGCAUUUUGUGGGAGCAGAAAUUCCAGAUUUCCGCUAUCGUUUGCAUGUGGAAAUACUUCCUGAUGUCAGCCACCUCUGAUUUUGUUUUACUUUCACAUUCUGGAUUCCCCCACCAGAAGAAACAAUUCCCUACCAACUACUUUUAUAUUUCUUAAUUAAGUUACCCCCUUAUUAUCAAUACCCAAAUAAACACAAGCCCAGUCUCUGCAAACUGACCUCGUAAUUUAACCCUUUUAUGUCCAAGUAACGUGCUAGUGAGUUUGCCAGCACCUUCUCCCCAGAUGAAAUGUUCUUGCCCUGAAACUUAAACCAGAUGGGGCCAAACUGGAGCACUGUAUGUUAUUUGGCACAUCAAUCAGCAGGUGUCUGAGGGAGCUUAUUCAUGGCGAUAAAGUGCCCAGCACUGAUGACACCUUGGUAAAAGGUGUUCUGUCCCAAAUGCAAAAUAAUUGGAAGGAAAUAAAAGCAAUUUGCCUGUUUUUCUUUGUUGGAGGCGGAAAAUCUGGUUCCUCUUCAUUUUUUAGUGAGCUGGCUUUUCUCACCACCACCCCACCCAUGAAAUUCCUUAAUAUUCUAUCAAAGUGAGAGCCAUCAGCGGAUGUAUGCGUUAGUUAAGAGGAUGGUGAAGCUGUACCUGAAGAGGACAUCUCUCAUGUUCUAUUAAUCUGGAACAUGGAUAUAUCCCACUUCCUUGAGCUCUGUGAUGUCAUUGGCAACUCUUUCAGCCCAGGCUCCAUCUUGAGGACAUCAGUGUCCAUUCCCAAGGUACAAUGCAGUUGCAUCAAGCACUGGAAUGAUACCUUGCUUACCUGGAGAUCACACCUCUCGUGGACAAUGGCUAACAACAGCAGAGAGUACUGCAUAAUUUUCCAAAUGGCUGAUUCUCAAUAUGCAGAUGGUGCUUUCCAUCUUGGUGUUUACUGCAGCCAGGCAUAAGUGAACUCCGAUGCUUAUGUGUCCUAUCCAUCAAUAAGAGAGUGAUGGUGCAAUUCACAAAGCCUUCCUUUAAAGGUUACCUUGCACUGCCAAGAAUGGUGCAAUGUUUAUAAGAUCAAGGCAACUACCCCUGGCUCUUUAGACGUCUAUGAGCUAUCUAUCCAACUUGCAUUUAACUACCAGCAUCAUUACAGAAUUCACUACAGACGUGCUGGCACAGUGCUAUGGAUGCUUCCUCAGAUGAGCCUUCUCCUAUAAUAUUACUGAACCAAGGAAUCCAGAAUCAACAGACAGCCUGUCACAUGCUUCUCUGUUCCAACAGUGACACAGCCUGGGGCCAUCAACAAGUCUGUGAAGUCCAACAUCAAUGAUCUGAUCCCUAAUCUUACUCAGGUUGGAGGGCAAGUCCUGCGCAGUCAGCGGACUCUCUGACCAGCCCUGCCAGGGAAGGCAGAUCAGCAGAUUAGGUUUGUUGCAUGCACCCUGGAAGACCACAGCAGCACAUAGCAAGUCUUACAAUGCAGUGACAAUCCAUAUUCAGAACACACGGCCUCGAUUAGCUGAAAUAACUGAGAGCGGAUGGACGGUAGCUGUCCAGGGAGCAGAUACCUGCUCCAGAGCCCCAAGGACAAAGCUUUAAACUAUAGACCAGUGCAGUACUGGAAGAUUACUACAGUGUCAGAGAUGCUGCCUUUAGCUGAGAUGUUGAACCAAGGUCCCUUCUUUCCUCUCAGGUGAAUGCAAAGCUCCAAAAACACUCAAGAAGCGUGACACAAUCGAGGACAAAGCAGACCAUUUGAUAGGUAGCUCAUCCACUACCCUAAACAUUGAUUCUAUCUGCCACCAAUGCAUAGUUACUAUACAUACCAUCUAUAAAAUACACUGCAGUUACAACCUUGGGUACUCAACAGCACCUCCUAAACCUAUACCACACACCACCAUGGGCAACAAACAUUCCAGGUGCAUGGAACACAACCACCUGCAUAUUCCCCUUCAAGUCACACACCAUUGUUGCUGGGUCUGGAUCCUAGAGCUACUUUCCUAACAGCAUUGUGGGAGCACCUUCACCAGGAGAACUGCAGAGCUACAAGGAGGUGGAUCUCCCCACCUUCCCAGGGACAGUUAAUGGGCAAUAAAUAUUGGCCUUGCCAGGGAUGCCCAGAUCCCAAAAAGUGAAUCAAUAAAAAAGUUGCUGCAGCAUUACACAUCAUCCUACCCCACACUUGUGUCAGAGAGCAGGCAAGAAACAGUAUUGAUUGGGCUGAACAGCCACUCUUAGCAGGAUCAGUAUUCAACCAUUGCAAUCAGUGUAAGAUUGGCUUGGCUUAUCCGCGAUCUGAAAGGAAAGUCCCCACCGAUAUCUCCUUUUGUCAGUCAAGGUUAAUGUGAGGAAUAGUUCAUUGACAGCACCUUCCCAGCAUGGAGGCAUGCCUGGGUCAGAGAAUCAGCACUGGGGUGUUAGGAUCUUUCCUCUGACCCUUGCUCCAUGAAGGAAAUUACCUCCUUAGUGGUAAUGAGGUGGUCAGUGAAUUUAUCCACUGCUUCUAUGGUGCCAAACCUUAGUACUAAAUGGAUGUAGCACUACUGCCAAAUAUGAGAUUUGCAAGUAUUAUGCUGUUACUUUUGCAUUGGGCUUGACUAAAUGAGGCUGAUUUGGACCUUCAGUUAUAUUUUGAUCAGAGUUGAUCAAAGCCAAUUGAAGUGGGAGUCAGGAUGCCAGACCAUUUAAAACAGGGCUUCAAUAUUACACAAAGCAGUUUGAGAAUCUUUUUUUUAAAACCUGAAUCAGUUCACUCAUUUAUAAAGGAAGGGAUCCAUAGCCAAAGCUGCAUAGUGCAUCAACACUGAAGAUUCUAAUUGCUAAUGUGGGUAGUAAAAUCUGCUUCAGCUCUGUUCAUUAUUUCUGUAAAAAGGAAGAAACCAUCAAGCACAGCGAAGCACAAGACACUGGGAUCGUGAGGGUUAUAUCCAACUUAAGGAAAAAGCAAAAAUUUGCACCUGCAUAGAAACUAUUCAUUCUUCAGUUGUCUUUUCUUUCUAACAAUAGUUAGUAAUGUCAAGGUGGACUGUGCAUUUAUCAGUGUUAUUCUAUUGAACACAAAGCAGGUGUGUGUGAUUAAGCUGUUUCAAGGAGCCAGCUGUAAGAUUUGAAAGACAGGUCAAAUGUUCUCAAUGCUUCAAGUUUCUAUCACUGUAAUGGCCACAAGGAAGUGUUACAUGCUGCAACACUAAAUCAUACUCAGAGGACUAUAAAGGCGACAAGCUAAUUUUGUUUUGGGAUGUAAACUAUGCUUCCAACUGAUUUUGUUUCUGUUUUUGCAAAGUGUUUGAACUAUCCAAAAACAUUCUAAAGUGCCAUACUGAAAGAAUGAUCUGGUGCUGUGAAAUGUCUGAGCGUAUGCUGAU